GUAACCCUAAAAUUACCAUCGUGUCUGCCAUUCUUGCAUUUCAACGAACGAAAUCGAUAUCGGAAGGCAGCAAACGACAUCAGAUUCAAUAUGGGAAAGGUUCACGGAUCUUUGGCUCGUGCCGGAAAAGUGAGAGGGCAAACCCCUAAGGUAGCAAAGCAAGACAAGAAGAAGCAGCCUCGCGGCCGUGCUCACAAGCGUAUUCAGUACAACCGCCGUUUUGUCACCGCCGUUGUUGGUUUUGGAAAGAAGAGGGGACCAAAUUCAUCUGAGAACAACCACCACCAAACCCCUAUUGCCUUCCUUUUUCGAAAUCGCUGCUGCCCUUCCCUUCGUUUCCCGUUCACCGCCGGAGAGAAGGAAGAAGCGGCGAAGCCACCUGCUGUCGUUGGGAUUCCCACCAUCACGAACCACCUGUUGCUGUUACUGCCUUGUUGUCGCUGCCACUGUCGAUUAGUCAUCCCCAUUCCUGCUAGUGCCGCUUUCCCACCGUUUUCCUUCUUUCCUUGCACCGAGAGCAACCCCAACCGGUGGAAUUGCUAUUGUGACCACCAAGAAACGCUCCCAUAG